AUGGGCAAUACUCAGUCCAGUCACUCGGCCCAGGCGCCCCGGAAACCAACCCAUAGGCUGUCCAAACCGAGGACAGGAAAUCAUGCUGCCCCGGGAUUCUUGAGCCCCAAGCGUUUGUCAAAUGCCACCCGGCGCCAUACCAAUUCCCAGUUGCCCGAUCCUCCCUUAGAAUCGCCCAUUGCCGCCACGACUCCAGCAUCUUCAGUGCUUGAGGUUCCAGCGGCGCUUGGGCGGCGCGCUAACAAUAACAAUUCUUCGCAGCCGAGUUCAGGCUCAAAACGGAGGAGUUUGUUUCGGCCUGGCUCGUCUAAAGAAGCAGUUCCCUCUCUUAAGCGGCUUUCGGGGAGGUUCAGUAGAACCUCCUCCAUGACAUAUGAGUCGGCAGUUGCAUAUUAUGGACCAGAGACCCCCAACGAACCAGCCAAUCAGCCCGACGUUCGUGCGUCGUGGCACUACAACCUCACAUCCUACGAAGCAAGGAGACUGUUUAACCAGACCGAUGAGCCUGCAUUCGAGCACAUGACUGCCAUGUCCGAAAACAGGAUGUCAACAAUCACGGCGGCUACGUGGAAGAGUUCACAUCCUGCAGUGCCCGCUAGUGCGCCGCUCACUCGCACAAACUCCGAUGUCUCACUUUAUGCUCCAGUUCGCCGGCGCUCAAUAAUCCAAACUCCUGGAGUAGCGACGCGAGAGAUCUAUAACCGCGAACUUCCCCCUCUGCCUCAGCCUAGUUUUCGCCACAGCGAUCCUCCAAGUCCCAUGUUAUCACGACGGUCCUCGAUCGAAUCCUACCAAAAUGGCGUCUUGUUAAUGCCACCUCACAUUCCAGACACGGAUUCGGUUGAGCGAGUGUCAACACCCUGUGAGGAUGGAUAUCGAUCAAUUGGAGCAUUUAAGCUUGGCUCUCUGCGGAUUGUGAACGGCUCCCCGGUCCCCUCAACUCCUGAGACGGCGAGGACUCGCGAAAAGAACGAAGCCCAUGGCUUGCUGGGGGGAAGGAUAGAUUCUACAGCGGUAUCAGCUCGAAAUGCCGAUUCGUCUGCCCCUGGCAGCGCAACUCAGCAAACCCAAUUGCCACAGCCUUCUCUUAACACCCACCAAGACUUGUUUGCUAGCCCUGUCCAACCGCAGCCGAUUAGUCCUACGCUUCAAGUUACGUCCAAAGUGACUGCUUUGGAGGAUAAGCUUUUUGAGGACGAACUGCCAACCGAAUACUCGUCGGCCGAGAUUUUGGACGUCCGUCUUGAUCCUAAUGCGAAGUCGUCUCAUCCGCGCGAAAAGCAUGAGUCCUCAAAGAUCGUUUCCAGAAGUGAUAGCGGGUUCUUAUCGAUGAGCGAGGGCUUGUCGGUUUCCACUAAGGGGUUAAGCAAGGCAGACUCGGGGUAUAGUUCAAAUGUGUCCCUACGAUCAUUCCAAACUCGGCACCAGAUGUCUGGAAAGCAUUCAGCACCUACGCCGCCCCCGAAACAAGACCAUAACUCAGAGGAUUCGCCUCCCCCUCCCCCUCCAAAAGAUCGUUCUAAUGAAUCCGUCAUUCAGAAGAAAACCGGUCUUGCUUCCCUUCGCCGCUCGCAUCCUGGUAGCCCGACUGGCCUCACCUCUAGAGAUAGUAAUCGCACAUCACCUGUCUCAGGGCCCCUAAGCCCUGGAAGUUCCAAAUCUCCAACGUCUGACACCGCCAGCUCGGAACCUAGCAAUGGGAAUGGGAUCAAGAAACUUGGGCGACUACAACGUCUCUUCACUAAUGCCCGUCGACCAGGAACAGCUUUGUCCGCCCAGCCAACGUCGCAGCCGCUUGCUGCUCCUCCUGCGGCCGAAAGUUCUAAAGAACGUUCCGAACCUCCGCUGCCUCCUCUUCCACAGGAGAAUGAACGCAAGCGCAAUGAACGCGCCCGGAUGAUCCCCCCGGCAAAGAAACCUGUGGUCAAGACUCGUUCGAGUCUGGACACACUUAAGACCAUCUUCAGUGUGGGAAGUCUAGAGCACACCCUUGAGACUACAAAUUCGAAGCAAACCAGCCCUCAGCCUAACGCUAAGGACCACACUCGAAAACCAGCUGUGCAUCUUGCCAACCUCGCUUCCCACGUCGUAUCGAAGAAACCAAUUACUCGCAAGCCGGUUCCAUCGCGUCCUCCUGUGGUGCAAGAAGGGGAAGAGAAAGGUGUAAAAUACAGAGUCCACAGACCAUCACCGCUUCGAGUUGGUGUUACACACAAGAACGAGCCCACACAAACUACCGAUGGAAACUCUUCGAGAGUUGUGACGGAUGCUCAAGCCAACCGCCAGCUCGGCAAGUCAGAAAAGAGAGCGAUGAGUCUCACAAUGCCGAAGCCCCAGCAGGCAGAAGAUCCCCAACCACGAGUUUCAUCUCUUGAUUUGGUUACACUAAACAAUUUGCCAUCUCCUCCGCUCCCGAGUCCGGUUGCCAAAGCAAUGUCAAUAAAUGCCAGUGCCCAGGGUUGGUCCUUCACGCCUGAUCAUCAACCUCUCCGCCACCGCGCAAGCUACGAUGGCUUGAGCUACAUCCCACCGCGGCCUCAACCACAUCCGAAGUAUGGCUAUCCGCCAUCAAUGUCGACCGGUUACACGUCUUCUCCCUACUACAACUACAGCAAUCCGGCCGCAUAUGACGAUGAACGCAGCCGAAGCCAGUUGAGUGCGGCCGCCAUAUGGAGCCGGAGCCAGGCAGAUGCUGCCGCGGGCCAAUGGUAUCAAUAUAAUGGCUGGGGUCAUCGUCCUCCUUACUGGCCGCGAAGCCGCCACCGGAGCGCGUAUGGGCCGAAUCCUCCUUUCAGGAUUCUGCACAGCUACAAUUCGCCUGCCUACCGGGGGGUGCCGAUUUGGGGAUGA